UUUUUUUUGUAUGUACACACAGAAACGGAGCAGUACGCUACAUGUAUGCCGUAUUGUGUUAAAUCUCAAAUCCUAUGAUUCCAGAUGUAUCCGUCGUUUAUUAAUUUACACGAAGAUGGGAACGACCAUUUGCUCUUGGACAUGGACUCCUUGGUUCCCAGACGAAGCAGUUUCUUAGCAAGCCGCGGUUGCGAGCCCGCCAAGAAGAAAUGUUCGCUCGGUGAUGAAAGCGAGGAGAUCGACGGCACCGGAUGGUCCGACAAACCUAUCAGAAGCUGGUGUCAAGAGGAAACAAUAAAUUGGCUUAUGUCAGCGGCGUCGUAUAUAGGUCAACCUUACAGUUCUAUUCAGCACAGCCUCGCCGUGUCCGGGAAAGAGAUCGUUACUUUUACGCGGCAAGAUUUCAUCAACCACGAUCCUGUGUAUGGGAACCGAUUGUACGAUCUUCACUCGCAACGUAUAUCAAACCUUUUGCCAUCGUUCGAUACCAUUCAACCGCAAUCGGAAGACGAGUACGCACGAGUCAAUUCUAGUAAUAUAUCCGAUGCGGAAUCGGAUAAUAGCAUCGAAAUUGCAACCAAACGGUUGCCUGGCACACCCAGGGUAUUGAAGACGAAAAAAAAUCCCGCCAGUCAAGGAAAGUUGUGGGAAUUUAUUAGAGAUUUACUACGUAACAGAGAAACAUGUCCGAGUUUAAUUUGCUGGGAAGACUACUCGCAAGCUAAAUUUCGUUUCGUAAAGAGCGAUGAAGUAGCAAAACGAUGGGGUUCACGGAAAGGAAAUACAAAGAUGACUUACGAAAAGCUCAGUAGAGCUAUGAGGUACUAUUACAAAAGCCAAAUAUUUCUACCAGUACUUGGUCGAAGAUUGGUAUAUCAGUUUGGACCAAAUGCGAAAGGAUGGCAGACGGAUAAUCCAAAUUUCCGACACUGAAACAAUGUUGAAAAAGAGUUUGUAAUAUGACCGAGCAGUCGAUAAAUUGUCAAAGCAAAAAGUCAAAUCGAUUUCACAUGACAUUUCUCGACAUUAGAAAAAUAAUCAUUGUUAAUAUUCAUUCUUUAUGUGUUCGUUAAAUAUGUUAAAUAUCGUUACCACAUGUCAAUAAUCAUUUAAAUGUCGCCGUCGAAUGUAGUUAUGUUUCUUACACAGCCAAAGACAAUAAUAUAAUAAAACAGAUCUCUAAAGAAAAAGAAACGAUAUCUGAAGUGAAAAAGACAUGUAAAAUAUACAUAUGUUUUUCCUUUCUUAUGUCUUUGGUCUAUGUAUCUUUGAUACCAUUUAUAUUCAUGUAUCUUCGCGUAUUUUUCUACCUUUACAAAACCUAAUAUAAUAAUCAUGAUUAUAUGAAUUUAAAAAUGUAAUUAAAAAUUGUAUAAAGAAUAGAAAGAUGUGACUCUGAACAGACAAGUAUUUGUAAAAGCAUAGUCGUCAAGAAAUCAUUUUUUAUAAAAACAAGAAAGGAAAGUCGUACAACACUUUCUCUAAAGAAAUCAAUUCCUUUCUUUGUUGUGCCAAUUGUUGUUUGUAUAUAUUUGCUAUUUAUAGAUAUAAGAGAUGAGGCAUUUGAUCAUCAUCAUUAACAUUCUUAUGCAUUUAACAAACUUUUAAAAAUGGCUUAACGAGAAAAUAGGUAUUAUUGUCAUUUCAUUUCUACAUAUAAAAUUUAUAUUAAAUGUUACUUGUUAAAAAAACAACAGUAGUCUUAAAAUAUUAAUCAA